AUGCCUCAUUUGAACUGUAUAGCGGAUAUUUGCUUGAUACCCAUUGGAACUGGGUCGCCCUCUGUUUCAAAUGAAAUUACAAUAAUAGAACGCCAUAUCAGAAGCAGUCAUUUAAGGAGCACACUUCAUAGUGCUGGAACAACCAUAGAAGGUCCCUGGGACGAAGUCAUGGUUCUUAUAGGAGAAUUGCACGAAUUGCUCCAUUCACUUGGUGUGCAUAGAAUCCAGAGUGAUAUCAGAGUUGGGACCCGAGAUGACAAAGCCCAAACAGCUAAGGAUAAAGUAGAUGUAGUCGAAAAGAAGCUCGAGGAUAUGCCUUGCGAUAACCGGAGUUAA